AUGGAGGCCUCGAUGCCAUGCUCACGCAAGUCCGCUAGGAUAAAACCGCCGUGGUGGGACGCUGGACUCGGAGAGUCCAAGAGGCGUCUCAAUAACUUCAGGCGCACCAGGGACUACAAAGUCGCGGAUAGGGAUCAAUUCAGAGUGCUCAGGAACGAGCAUCUGAAAAAGAUUAGAAGGACUAAGAUGGAGUCGUGGAGGAAGUUCGCUACCUCCAUAAACUCGGACAUCUGGGGCCCUGUCUAUCGAUGGGCUAGGAAUGGUUCUUCUAAGAGUAGGAUUCCAAGCUCCGUGCUCCGGGAAGACGGAACCUUCACGGUGACGGCUUUGGAGACGGCUGAGUGUCUGUUGGAGAGUCUCAUCCCAGAGACGUGA